UGGCUAAAUAAAGCAAAUCGGGUCCAGACGCACAGUUGGUACCCAUGACAGAAUUAAACGUAACCUUACAAUUUGAAAAUUGUUUUUUGUUACUAAUUGUUGGAAAAUGAGCACAGUUCAGGCGAUUAAACAGCUCGAAGAGCGCAAUGUGGCCAGUGAGAUUGUUCAAAUGGUGUGGAGCGACCGUAUGGACCUUGUCGCUCUUGCCAAUAUCAAAGGAGAGGUGGCUCUUCAUCGACUCACUUGGACCAAAGCGUGGAGUCUCAGUGCCCCCAAGGAUGGGUUAAAGGUCACAAGUAUUGCCUGGAGGCCUGACGGCAAAAUCAUAGCAAUUGCGUACAGUUCUGGCCAAAUACUGCUUGUGAAGGUCGAGAAUAAGUCGGUGUUGCACACUAUUGACAUCAAGGGCGAAGUUUCAUGUCUCAAUUGGUUGCAAGACCGGACUGUUAAAGGGAAACUGCCUUCAGUUGACGAAGACAGUAAACAGAAUCAGUACAUGAAACACAUUGACUUAUCGGGUAAUUUUUUGCCCGAACCGGUGCUACAACAGUUCGAUUCCCCCAACAACGACGAUGGUCAGAAAACCAACAUUUUGCAAGAGCAAACCGACUUUAAUUUGCUCCUGAUUGGGACAAGUGAGGGCACCGUGCACGUGCGAGUUUUCGGUUGUUUCCCGUGCGCUUCCCUUGACUUGAAGCAAACUCUCAACUGUCUUUGCUCCAUCCAGAACAUGCAUUUGAACGAGGACCUGAACCGCAUGUUUUUCACAGUGCGAGACAACGAAAACAACGUUAAAUUGAUUUGUUUCGAUUCGGAAAUUUUCAAAACGCACACAAACGAACUGUUCGCUUUGGCCCUCAAACACAUAAAAUUGACCUCACUGGUGACCUAUCUCUCCAACACUAUUACCACCAUCACCGAGUCCUGGGAGAGCAUUUUGCUGGAGAUGGACAACAAGUUGUCGAAAUAUGCGAGCAAGGUGCCAGAAGGGGGCGUCACGGCUGAUUUUUUGGAUUUGCUGACGUUUGGAAUUUGCUCGGAUGAGAUGAAGACCUUUCUCAUACACGAUUUAACGAAGAAAGGGUUGGAGAAGUUCGGGCAGACGAUUGAGAUGAGUUAUUCCAACAUUCAGAAGUUGAUGCUGAAGUAUGUGAUGAAGUUUGGGCAGAAUGUUACCUAUCACUUGGCCGAAAUGAGGGGGAUGGCAAGACUGGAACACCGCUAUAAGGUUUUGGGUUUGGACGCGGCCGCCAUUACCGGCGCCAUUUCCUCGAACGGCGCCUUCUUGAUCAAAGGCAGCGAAAUGCAGCAAAUCAUCAAUCACUCCAUCAUCAAUUACAAGGCCUUCUUCCGCUGGCUCUACACGGCAAUAAUGCACGUUCUGGAUGAGCCAAUACCGAACGAAAUCCCCAAAAUGACUCAGCAAGACCUGGCUUACAUCACCGAAUUUUUGCAAAACUUUGACCACAUCAGUCGGAAUAACAAACAAAAGGGGUUCAUUAUGGAGCGGUUGGGGCAAUAUUUAAGCGAUGGCAAUUUGACGAUCCAACCAGACAUGUCCGGGAACGAAUGGACUGAUUUUUUGGCCCAGAACCAAUGCAUCGAAAAAAAUAGUUCCAUUUUGAGGCACUUCAAAGAGAUGUCGCUGAUACAACAGUACAAGCAUUUGAAGCAAAGCGUCGAUGCGAUUUUCGCGACACCUAGAGAGCAAAUUAGUAGGCAGUUCAGUCAUUUGAAUGACUUCAAUUGUUUCCAAUUUUGCGGCGAUUCGUUACGGACGUCCCAAGUCAACUUAAACAAAGAAUCGAUUCUUUUUUGUUACUUGCAGCCGCCUGAGACCGUUCUAGGCCUGCAGGUGUAUCUAGACGAUGGCAAUUGUUUCAUAAAGUGUGCGCGUCUGUACUUCCCCCGUGACAAUUCCGAGGAUAAUUAUCACGUGAUCGAUAUUAAACUAUAUUCGAGUGCAGUAUUGUCGGUUUUAUUGCAAGAAAACACCGUUUCUAAAGCUACAGUUUUAAGUCAGAUACCGAUAGGUGGCGUUUUGGACAAGUUUGUGGAUGGGGGGGAGACAGAUCGUGUUUUUAGUGGUGCGGUUAACGUGGUUAGUUUGAACGGUUCGUGUUUGGUUCCGAAGCUGUUUAAGUGUGUGGAGGGGAUGGUGGGGGCGGAGUUUGCAGUGUCGGGGAGUCGACGUGUCGGUAUCGUAUUGGCGGAAAAUCGGAGGAAGGUGCGCUUGUAUGAAAUGGAGGGGGAGGAAGAGGAGGAGGAAGAUGCGGAGAUGAACAAUAGUGGGGUACAAGAAUGACUUUAUUUACAUUCUAAGGACUAAAGUUUCGUAUUCGGGACAAGCGAUUUCUUCGCCGCCGUAUGCUAUGUAGCAGACACCAUGGCUGGGGUGUAUCUGGAAAAUAAAUGAUCAAGGGUUAAAAUUUAUAAGGGUGAGUUAAGUACUUUGCCAAUUGUUUGGGAGCCUUCGUGGUAGGCGCGGCCUAUGUAAAGGGGCUCCCCUUCGCUGGUGUGCCCCCCUUGGACCGCCCCUGGUGGCAAGUGGCCGGCGUGCGAUUGUACCCACUCGAAGUAUUGUUUACAUAAAACCUGAAAAUUUUAAAAAAUAAAUAAAUUCGUUUUCCUUAUUAAUUAACCUUGCAAGGUGGAAGAAAAA